GGAAGCUGCCACUCUGGACUGCCUCCGUCGCAUUCGCCUCUCCGGCAGCUAGAAAAGCCCGUCGCCAGCGAUCAUUUUUUGCUGUCUCUUUACAGUUUGCAUCACCCCAACUGUUUGAAUUCCUCGUACAGAAAAACCCAGUUUCCCAAUUCUUGUGAGCGUGAGAUGAUGUGGCGCUAGUAGCGUCGAUGGUGGCAGGAAUUCCUCAUCGGGAAGUGUGGGAGGCCGUGAAUGGCAGAGGUUUAGAGCUUUCACGAGUUUUCCCGCAGUUUAGAAAUGGGUUGUGGUUGAACACGGGUAUGUUUCUGGAUCAAAUACGAAGUCUCGAUGGCAGUAGCUUCACUGUCAUCCCCGAUUGUUGUCUGUAAUACCUUGAUUUGUGACUGUCGACUUGAUCGGUCUUUGAUGAGUCGGAGAGUUGGGGCACCUCGGAAUUUUGUCGUAGUGGAGAAGAAAUCCUGUGCGUCUCGAGGUACUUCAAUAAGGGGGAGACAUUGUGCAAACUGCAAGUUACAUCAGAUUAGGUUGAUAUUCAGCAGAUCGAUAUCUACAUCUUGUGAAUUUUGGUAGUUGAAAACGCUUCAUUCACUGAGCGCCUUCACAAAAUAAAUGGCACAACGACAAGGGGAAUCGGUUACAGAAAGCGAAGAUUCUGCUUCCGGGAAGCACACUGCAGCAGCUAGACAUGAAAACGUCAUGAAUGGGAAAAAGGAAAAGUCAGCUUGCAUUUCGGAUUCUGGAGAGUACAUGAUCGCAUUGAUGUGGCAUCCAGGGGCAACCGUGCCGGAUUCGGUGGACCUAGCUGAGGACGAAGUUUGCAGUCUAGAAUUGCCACACAAAACUUCACAUCUGGAAAGUGUAGGGCUAAGGAAGAGCAAAAGGUUUGGAAAUGUGUUUGGAGUAGAGAUGUCACCAGAUACGAUCGCAAUAGCCAUGGUGUAUUUCGUUCAAGGAAUUCUCGGGCUUUCCCGUUUAGCCGUUAGCUUCUUUUUGAAAGAUGAACUUCACCUCGACCCUGCCGAGACUGCGUUCUUGACCGGCAUCUCUUCUCUUCCCUGGCUAAUAAAACCUCUUUAUGGGUUUAUCAGUGAUGGAGUGCCAUUAUUUGGAUACCGGCGUCGUUCUUACUUGGCCCUAUGCGGCCUCCUUGGUGCAUUAUGUUGGGGCUCGCUUGCUAUGUUCAUCGACAGCAAGUACGGGGCAAUGGCAGCGAUACUUCUCAGCUCUUUAUCGGUGGCAUUUUCUGAUGUAGUUGUGGACUCUAUGGUAGUAGAAAAAGCGCGGGGUGAGUCGCAGGGUGCAUCUGGCUCCCUUCAGAGCCUCUGCUGGGGUUCUGCUGCAACUGGGGGCAUAGCCAGCGCUUAUUUUAGUGGUUACUUGGUGGAGACAUAUGGCACAAGAUAUGUGUUUGGAGUUACAGCAGUAAUGCCCUUGAUUACUUCAGCAGUCGCGGGUCUUGUGCAAGAGGAGCCUUUAAAGGCACCUAGUGACGAUCCAAAAGUUAUGUUGUCUAAAACAGCCCAGUUCAUAAGCACGUCGAAGUCACAGCUUGCUUUCUUGUGGCAAACUGUGAAGGAGCCCAGUAUCUUUUGGCCAACUCUCUUCAUUUUUCUGUGGCAAGCUACACCAACAUCAGACACAGCCAUGUUUUUCUUCACGACUAAUCAUCUCGGAUUUGGACCUGAAUUUCUCGGGCGUGUACGGCUUGUGACUGCAGUUGCAUCGCUUGUAGGCGUUGGCCUAUACAACACCUACUUGAAGGAUGUUCCUCUUCGCAACAUCUUCUUGUGGACAACUCUGUUGGGAACGGCUCUGGGUCUCCUUCAGUUACUACUUGUUACUGGUGCUAAUAAGAGUCUGGGCAUAAGUGACGAAUGGUUUGCAAUGGGGGAUUCACUCGUGUUGACAGUGCUAGGCCAGGUAUCAUUCAUGCCCGUUUUGGUGCUAGCAGCAAGGCUGUGCCCACCAGGUGUGGAGGCAACACUCUUCGCCACUUUAAUGUCUAUUAGCAAUGGAGGUGGCGUUACAGGGGGAGUACUUGGAGCUGGUCUUACACAAUUCCUUGGCGUCACAAGCCACAACUUCGACAAUCUAGUUAUUUUGAUCCUGCUGUGUAAUGCCUCCUCACUAUUCCCAUUAGCGUUCCUGAAUCUGCUUCCAUCCGGAAGCGAGCUUGAGUCAACAGUAGAAAAGGCGGACAAGGCCCGUAGAGAGCUCGAGAUUACUAAGCAGGAUUAGUUUCGAACCCUUUCUCUUGACCGUCGAACUAGUCAGCUUGUUCUUACUUAGGUAGUCUUUCCCCUACUUCUACAUCACAGUAAAUAUUAUUAAGUUGUCAUUUGCAAUCAAGAUCUCUUGGGGGUUGGAGUCAUUUUAGUGAAGAUUUUAAUGGUAGGCCGAUUUAAAGUAAUUUAUGUCAGAGCCCCACCAGGUUGAGCAAAUUUAUUGUUAUCCUGGCCAUUUACUAAAGAAUGUAGCAACAAUUGACGUUGCAAAGUUUGGACACCCUCAUAUAGAUCACUUUUACGAUC